CACCUAGCUACCAAAAUGGGUUCAUUUUCUCUAUUGUAUAUCUUGGCCUUAAUAUUCAUUGUUGAUAGUCACAUUGCACAUGCCCAAGAUUCACCAGCAGAUUACGUAAACUCCCACAAUGCAGCAAGAUCAAAAAUUGAUAUCAAUGUUCGAAUUCCAAAUAUUGUAUGGGACAACAAUCUCGCUGCUUUCGCACAAAAUUAUGCUAAUCGACGGAAGGAUUGUAAGUUGAUCCCCUCCGGUAGUGGUGGUCGAUACGGUGAGUAUUUUGGCGAGAAUCUUGCGGUGAGCAAGGGGGGUUUGAGUGGCAUAGAGGCAGUGAAAUUAUGGGUGGAUGAGAAAACCAACUAUGAUUAUAAUAGUAACUCUUGUGUUGGUGGUGAAUGCCUUCAUUAUACUCAAGUGGUUUGGAGAGAUUCACAACAUGUUGGAUGUGGCAAAGUGAGAUGUGAUAAUGGAGGAACGUUUGUUACUUGCAAUUAUGAUCCACCCGGUAACAUUGUUGGCCAAUUACCAUAUUAA